GUUGGUCAGCCGGGUGAUGUGUGGCUAGCAUGCAAGCAAGUGUCAGUUCCAGUCGCAAAAUGUCAUAGAAUUUCACAAUUCAAAUUUGUUUUUCUUUUCAAUUUAGAAAAUCUGUGAAUAUUUGUGAGUUAAAAAUGAGCAACGAUAGUAGCAUAGAUGAGUUAGAUACCUCAGGUGUGCAGGAGGUAUCUCUGGAUGGAGGAGAAUCCUCUCAGAGCGAGUCAAUUGAGGAACUCACUAAAGGAGGGCUUGCAAAGAUCAUCAAUGCCACGAAAGCUUCUAUGACACUGCCCUCAGGUGCGUCCAGGGACUUGUACACUGCUCAGCCAUCAUUUAUUCGCGUUGUCAAUCAAGAAUCUGAUAAGAUUCUUGACAUUCUUGGUAAGAUCCUUAAGCAUCAGAGUGUUAGGGGGAAUAUAAAGAGGAGAGAUGAUGAUGAGAAGACGGACUUGGUACUUGAGUGCAAUGACACGAUGCUGGAGAGGAUAAAUUCGAAUCUUGAUGAGAUGUCAGGGCUGAAAAAGGCUCCGGAAGUUGUGUUGGUGCAAGCUGAUGCUGUUGUUAAUUCGAAGGAGAAGAAACGGUCAUUGCUGAGUGGAAAGAAUGCCCAGGAAGCUAAGUUGCUCACGGCGAAAAAUAUUUUAAGGCCUCAGGUGAAUUUUAAGGUUCCAGUGGACAACAGAAAUUCCACACCGUUUGAGCCUAGGAUCAAGUACAAGCCAAAUAGCUUGAAGCCUCUGGCCAUUCUCGCGGAAUAUGGCGAGGAUGGUAGCAUAGAGUCAUAUCUGCAUCCUUAUGAAGUGGAAUUGAAUAAGUUUGAGGUGCCUGAAGAUCAGCUGAAGAAGGUAGUUCCGAAGAAACCAAAGAAUCUUGAAGAAACACCUUUGGUUUUUGUGGAGAAUGCUGAAAAAUUGGAGGAAGUUGUUGAAGAAUUGGGUAAAUGCAAGGAGAUUGCUGUAGAUCUUGAGCAUCAUUCGUACAGAAGCUUCCAGGGAUUCACUUGUUUGAUGCAGAUGUCGACGAGGGAAAAGGACUAUAUAAUUGAUACUCUUGCUCUCCGGGAGGAUCUCCAUGUUCUCAAUGAAAUCUUCACAAGGCCCAGCAUUGUAAAGGUCUUCCAUGGAGCUGAUUGUGACAUUGAGUGGCUGCAGAAGGAUCUUUCACUCUACAUUGUCAAUAUGUUUGAUACCCAUCAAGCUGCCCGGAAACUUAAUUUUGCCAGGGCAUCGCUGGCCUAUUUGCUGAAACACUUUUGCCAGUUUGAAGCUGAUAAAACCUUCCAGCUCGCUGACUGGAGAAUCCGGCCAUUGCCGCAGGAAUUGAUAGCUUAUGCUCGUCAGGAUACUCACUCUCUGCUCUACAUCUACGACAUGCUUCGCAAUGAGCUGCUCAAGAAGGCCAAUUUCCAGACGAAUUGGCUCAAGAGUGUCUAUCAGCAGAGCACAGAGAUCUGCAAGAAGAGGUACAUCAAGAUGAGACUCACCAGUGAUUCCCACAUGAAUCUGUACAUGAGAUCCAAGAAGAACUUUGACAAUCGUCAGCUUUAUGCUUUCCGGGAGAUCUAUCACUGGCGCGAUGCCUUGGCCAGAGAAGAAGAUGAGAGCUGUGGAUAUGUCCUGCCCAAUCAUAUGCUCUUCCACAUUGCUGAACUCCUGCCACGAGAGAUGCAGGGCAUCCUGGCUUGUUGCAAUCCCGUUCCGCCUCAUGUGCGUCAGCAUCUGCUGCAUCUGCACAAAAUUGUCCUGAAAGCUCGGGAACAGCCCCUGGAAAAGGUCAUUGUAACUGAAGAAGCGCCCAGAUUGGCUCCCGGAAGUGCCAUUAAUAUCAACAGUUUCCUCUACUGUCCCCACGAUUUGCGCCAGGUUGCAGAGAGAGACAAUCUGCCCACACUUUUAGCUGGAAAUCUUCAGAAGACUACCCACGGAAAGUCCCUAAAGAAAGCCCAUCCUCAAGUCACUGUCUUUGCCCGACAAAUUCCCAAGAAAUCUCUGCCAAAAGUAGCUUUUGUCAGUCCAUAUCAAAGGUACCGAGCUGUGAUCCCAAUUGCAGAGGAGGAAAGAAGGAAGGCUCAGCAAAUUGAGGAGGCAAUCAAACAGAAGCGACGACUCUGUCCAGAGUCUUCAGAAAUCCUCCCAAAAAUUCAUCACGAAGUAAAAACAGAACCCGAACAGAUUCCAAAAAAAAGGAAACCUGAAGCCACUACCAAUGAGCAGAAAGGCAAAAUUCCUCGGGUAGAGACUCAGAGGGAAAAAUCAGAAUCAACGAGUGGUGCAUCUCAAUCUCCGGGAAGCAAUAAACUAAGCCGAAAUCAAAAGAAGAAGCAGAAGAAGAUGCAAAAUGAGAAGAAAUUGGCAGAAUUUGACUACACUUCGGUCGAUUUCAGGAAGUUCCAGGGAGGCUCGAAGGCCAAUGAGAAGCCCGGGAGGCAAGAAUUUGCCUCAAAGUUCAGGAGUCGUGGUCAGAAGGCCAAGAAUGCCGAUAAACGGCUCAACAAGAUCUUUCGUUGAUCUGCACGUUUGAAAUUUCCCUUGAAUUUGUAAUUAAUUUGAAAUAAAAUUUAGGUAGAUUUUUCCACAGGA